AUGACCGCCGAAAGAACCGCGUAUGCGGAUAGCAUAUUGACGACGAAGAGUCCCUCGGAAGCAACAGAGGUCAUAAGGAUUAGACUUUCACAAGCCAAAUUAAUUAAUAAGGAAUUUUAUCUCCUGUUUAAUGAAGUUUCCCAAUUGAAAAGGAGCUACGCACAACAAUUGCGAAAGAUUAUUACUGAAAAUGAGGAUCUGAACAAGCUGCUCAAACAGCAGAUGGUAGAGAAUAAAGUGCUAUCUACUCAGGAGAUGUCUCAAUUUAAUUUCGAAUCUUUAGGGGAAUUGCAGUCUGUUUGGGAUACUAUAGUUAUGGGGCUGAAGGAAGAUAUGAAGGCAACCACGGAAUUCUAUCACACGGUGGACAACGAGGUUAUCAGGGAAUUACAAAGAUCGACUGAAAACGAUACAAAAUGGAGCGAAAGUAAAAAGCUUCAUUCGAAAUUGAGUCAAAUCGCUGCCGCAGUGGAUUCGCAUCAAAGCAAUCAUAAUUCUAAUACCAAACUCGAAGAGGCAAACAAGCAAUGGGACUCUGAGGUUCCUUAUCUAUUUGAGCUCUUCGAGAAUAUUGAUUUCAAUCGCUUGGAAACCUUGAAAAACACCUCUAUAAGAUAUCAAACUGCUGUAAGUGAUUAUCUUUUGAACUAUUCCAAGAAAAGUGAGGUAUCAAUGACAAAACUUUUAGAGUUUGAUUCUCAAAAGGAAAUUAAUAGGUUUGCUCGUGAGUCGAGUAGAUACAAGUUUGAAGCUUUACCAACUCAAAAGUUGGAGGACCAUAAAACGAAACGUAAAAGCACUUUUGGGAAUCGAUUCACAUCCGGUUCCUCGGUCUUGCAUCAUGAUUUAAUGAAUCAAGAUUUUUCUGACUCCAACAAUAACUCUUCACUGGGGAAUAAAAAAUCUACAAAUAAAUUGAAGUCUAAAAUGGGUUCAAUCUUCAGUAGAAACAAAUUAAAGAAUAAGAGGUCAACGAUAUUCAACAAAGAUGUUGGCUCUCCCCUUGUAGAAGGUGAGAUCACUCAUUCAUCAACGAGGGACAGAUCUUCAACAAAAACUUCUUCAACAAGUCAACCUCAAAGUCCAAUUCCAAGCGAAACUCACGACCAAACGGCACGACGCCGUUCGACAAUUCAAAGUUCAAGAGAAUCCGAUUCUUUGUACAGGGCAGUAAACCGUACUAGUACAGCACAAUCUUUUCAAUCUGGGACCCCAAUUGGUGCAAGUGAAACAGACCAUGAAGAGAACUCUCCACGCCCAGAAACUCCACAAAAAUUGGAUUCUCAGCGGGAUAUGUCGCGGACACCUUUAUCAAUGAGUCAACCACCAUUGCAACCACAAUUAAAAACAAAAGCUCUACCUAGCGAGCCCCCUCAAUCAGCUUCUCCUGAAAGAAAUAUUUUGCCAACGCAACAAAAUUAUCAACAAGGUCAGGUAGAUGCAAAAGCUUUGCACAUCCGCGCGCCAGCUCUUCCACCUUCCAGGAAGCACACGACCAAUAUCAAGAAUUCAGAGCCGCUGUCAUCACCAGAGGCGUCUCCUGGUAAUGGAACAUCUAUGCAAAAGGAUGCACCGCAAUUAACUUCACAAAUCACAGGAAGCUUAACUAUGCUAAAUCCCCAAACUACUGGGUCUUCUGCAUCUUUGAUAGGUCAGAAUGUGUUUCAACAUAGUUAUUUGGAGGUGCCCGAUUUUGGAUUAAGCGCAAGUAUAGCCGAGGUUAUCAAUGCAACUUUCAAAGACGGAAUUUUAAAAGAUUCUCAGUUGAUUGGUGAAAUUGCUUUCAGUUACAUGACUAACGCUGCAUUGAAUACACCAUUACCAAUUGGCAUUAAUUUAAGGAUCGAUAAUGCCGCUAAUCUUUCCAAAGUUAUCUUGAACCAGGCUUUUGUUGAACGAGUUGAUAUCGAGAAUUUCAAAGUAAGCCCUCAGUUCAUUAAUUCCAGAACAUUGGGAGCAAUAAAAUAUUCAAUGAAAGAACCGACCGCUCCGAUAGUCAUACAUCCGGUAUGGAGAUUUGAAGCCACUCAAGCUAGUGUUGUGUUAACUAUAAAGAUGUCGCCAACAGUUUCGAAUCAGACAAAACAGAUUAUCUUAGAUGAUUUAACUGUGCUCGUGUCAAUUCAAGGGGCAAAUGCAACAAGCGCUCUUUCAAAACCACAGGGUUCAUUCAGUAAAGAAAAAAAGAGAAUAGCAUGGAGAUUUAAAGGACCUACAGUCUUGAAUAGAGACGGAGAACAAAGGUUAAUCGCAAGAUUUUUAACUGAUGGUCCUGCUCAAGAAACAGAAAAUGGCGUUAUAACUAAAUUCACUAUACGUGACCAAAGUAAAGGGGAAGUCGGUAUCGGUAGUGAUAUUUCUAUCAAAUACCAAGAGCUGGAUGAAAACGAUCCCUUCGGUGGACCAUGGAAUGAUGUUAUCUCAACAAGAACUAUAACCGCCGGUAAUUAUAAUGGAUUAUCUUGA